AUGAAGAGUUUUGUUGCAAAGUAUAUCAGUGUCCAUGCUGUGAUUUUGGGACUGCUGCUACCUCAGGCAAUCCCAUGCAAUGUGACGGGAGUGUGGCGAAAUGAGCUGGGCUCUGUGCUUGAUAUUGAGGCGGUCGGUUCUGAGCUCCGAGGCCUUUAUCAGAGUGCAGUGGAGACUGCUCCAGGAGUCACGGGUCCAGAACAACAGGCCAAGUUACUGGGUGUGACUAGUAAUCGGGGUCUGCGAACCUCUGUGGCUUUCUCUGUGUUAUGGGAGGCAGGUUCCUGUAGCGCUUGGGUUGGUCAGUGUUUCCAACUGCCUGAUGGGAAGCGAGUGCUGAAGACCCUGUGGAUGCUGCGCUCUGUGGCUUCAUGCCCUGCAGACAACUGGAAGAGUACCAGGAUGGGAGAGGACACUUUCGUCUUCAUUUCCUGA